AUGGAUCCAGUUCCCAAAUCCAUUCAGAAGGUUCAGGCAUCACUUGAACCUUACGUCAAACCACGGGAGCAAGUAGCAUACAUCCGACGCGCCUUGGCCCUUCAUCUUCAAGCCUGCCGUCAACCAGGGCCGAUUCAAGAACCAUUGUCUCUUGUUGAUGCUUCUUGCAGGGUGAGGCCAACGAAUGAGGUUAGAGGCCUACAGAAGGAAUAUCUCAAAGCUUUGAAUGCCAACCUCAAGGCUCGCAAUGAAUACGAAAUCACUCGAGAUGCAGCGGUAACGGCAGCCCCGUCGCGGCCAAAGGCUGUCGACCUCAGGGACCAGAUUGAGCAACAUGUGGCCCUCGUCAAAUUAUGGCAGAAGCAACAGCGAUUGUUGACGGUUCAGAAGUACUUGGAUCUACUGGGACGCCAGCCUGCAGCAUCACCAGACUUUCUCGAUCUCGAAGAUGUUUUCAGGAAGUCCAUGUCUUUACCAGAGGUUCCAAAAGAGGUUGUGAACGGCUUCUCUGUCAGCGCCAGUACAACGAAGACGAACUUGGGAGGUCUGGCUGAUCAGCUCGAAAAAGUCGUGCUGAGAGCCAAACUGCUGCUUCAGCGUGAAGAGCAACUCCUCAACGGUGUUCGACAAAAUACAGCAUCCCUGGCAGGCCAAGCCAGUGACGAGGCAAAGGCGCAUGCUUUGGAUGCUACUCGGGCUGAGUUAAUCAACUGGAUCGAGACGGAGCUCAGCAAGGCUUCAGGGGAAGCAGAUGACCAGGCAAAUGGAUAUAACGGGCAUGCUGAACAAGCCACCAUCGACGAGCAUCUAGGCGAAAUCAAGAGCAAGUACAACAAAUACGUAGCUGCGAGGAAAGCACUGCUCAAUAUCGUCUCAGAGCAGACACAGCCAAUCCUGAAGCCCGGUGGCGAAGCCUCAUCAACUGCUGAUCAAAGCCAGUCCAUUCCCUCAGCACCCACUGCUCACCUUCUGCUGCCUUACCUGGAGAAGCUUCUCUCACUUUCUCGAGAACAGAAGGGGAUGAUCACCCAAAAGUCGCAUAUCCACACUGUUCUGGCUAAGCAGGCGAGAGAGACUCGACAGGCGCUGGAUCAUCUCGCCGAAGAAAGCCAGCUUCUUCCAGGACAUCCCAUGCCCGGAGCGGGCAGACCCAAGUCAGGGUUUGGGGAGGACUUCUCCACGGCUAUGGCCGAGAAGCCAGUACCUUCAGACCGAGUCAAGCCAUGGGUGUUUGCGGCAGACUCGGCCAAGAUUGCAACAUUAGAGGCUGUUGCAGAGAAGAUCGAGGAAGGCCAGGUCGCACUGGAAGGCUCUACAACGGCGCUUCAGGAAGUUGACAAGCUCCUUGGCCACGAGCCAAAAAAGGCCGAGAUGGAGGCGGGAGACACGACGGAGGAAGAUAUAUGGUUGACGCAAGGGUCGGAAAAGCCGGGGAUGAGGCAGCACAUCAGACAUCAGAUUAAGGGAUCCACGGUCAAGCACGACGAUAUUUGGUCUGUCAUUGAUGGGAAGCUUGGUCUCAUUGGUCAUGAAGAUCAUAUUUGA